AUGUUGCGCAAGGUGCGCGGGCGGUUUGGCGAUAAGUUGAACCCAGAUGAUGCCUUUUUGAGUUAUUACGACGUGCGAUUGACAAGAGAGGAUAUGCAAACUCUUAAGAACGACUGGCUCACAGACAACAUCAUUUCAUUCUGGGAGGAAUAUCUCGAACAUGAAUUUCUUUCACGAUACCAAUCUUCCAAUAUCAUCCUUCUCCGCCCCAGCAUGUCAUUCAUGAUCCUCCAGACCCCCGAUCCACGCACCCUCCGCGAAGCACUCCCGGAUUUCACUCGAGCCACCCACGUCUUCCUCCCCAUAAACGACUGUCGCAACGUCUCCCAAGCAGAAGGAGGCACACACUGGUCUCUCCUGUUGAUCUCAGUCGUCGACCGCAUCGCAUUCCACUACGACUCGCUAUACCAAGGAAACGUCUGGGAGGCAGACACGGUGACUCGCAAAUUUGGAUACCUCCUAAACAUGCCCAUUAGGUUCCUACAUCUGAACGACUCACCCCAACAAGACGGCGGCAGCGACUGCGGCGUCUACGUGUGUAUGAACAUGCGACAUCUUCUCAUGAAGCGGUUGCUGAUGGCGAGCGCACACGAGAAAGUGAGUAUGAGUCUCGGAGGGCGAAAGGUCGAUGCCAAUGCUUCUCGCAAAGAGAUGGCGAAGAUCAUUGAAGGAUUCCGGAAAGAAGGCGAGCGCCGACGAUCAACAAGCGCCAGUCCUAUGGGGAAGAAAUCGAGGAGUCCUCCACGUGUUGAUUGA